CCGGGGCGUGGCCUGCGGGAGGUGUCGGGGGCGGGGCUGGCAGAAUCCCAGCGCUGAUUGGUCGGGCGCGGCCUACCCUCCCCCCGCGCUGGGCGUAGCGGGCGACGGAUCCUGGGGCUGGGAUGUAAGGAGCGGCAGGCGGCGGGCUCCGGGCUCCCGGCUCCGCGCGGCGGGGGCUGUGAGCGGCGGCGACUGUGGCGCAGGCGGGCGGGCGAGGCCAGCGAGCAUCCUGUCGGCCGCGGCAUGAGGAAGCGGACCGAGCCCGUCACCUUGGAGCAUGAGCGCUGCGCCGCCUCGGGCUCGUCCUCCCCGGGCUUGGCCGCAGCGGCGCUGGACGGCGACUGCCGCCUGAAGCAGAACCUGCGCCUGGCGGGCAAGGGGCCGGCUGAGCCGCGCUGCGCGGCCGACGGGGGCAUGAAGCGGACGCUGGGCAGGCGAAAGGGCCUGUGGUUCCGACUGAGGAAGAUACUCCUCUUUGUUGUGGGAUUGUACAUUGCCAUUCCAUUUCUUGUCAAACUGUGUCCUGGAAUACAGGCCAAAUUGAUUUUCUUGAAUUUUGUGAGGGUUCCCUACUUCAUUGAUUUGAAAAGACCCCAAGAUCAAGGUUUGAAUCACACGUGUAAUUACUACCUCCAGCCAGAGGAAGACGUCAGUAUUGGAGUCUGGCACACCAUCCCCACCGCCUGGUGGAAGAAUGCCCAAGGGAAGGACCAGAUGUGGUACGAGGACGCCUUGGGUUCCAACCACCCUAUCAUACUGUACCUGCACGGGAAUGCGGGCACCAGAGGAGGUGACCACCGCGUGGAACUUUACAAGGUGCUGAGUUCCCUAGGUUACCAUGUGGUCACCUUUGACUAUAGAGGUUGGGGUGACUCAGUAGGAACACCAUCUGAGAGGGGCAUGACCUACGACGCCCUCCAUGUUUUUGAUUGGAUCAAAGCAAGAAGUGGUGACAACCCCGUGUAUAUUUGGGGCCAUUCCCUGGGCACUGGAGUGGCAACAAAUGUGGUGCGGCGCCUCUGUGAGCGAGAGACACCUCCAGAUGCCCUUAUACUGGAGUCUCCAUUCACUAAUAUCCGAGAAGAAGCUAAGAGCCAUCCCUUUUCAGUGAUAUAUCGAUAUUUUCCUGGGUUUGACUGGUUCUUCCUCGAUCCCAUUACAAGCAGUGGAAUUAAAUUUGCAAAUGAUGAAAAUGUGAAGCACAUCUCCUGUCCCCUGCUCAUCCUGCAUGCCGAGGACGACCCAGUGGUGCCCUUCCAGCUCGGCAAAAAGCUCUACAACAUUGCUGCACCAUCUCGAAGUUUCCGAGACUUCAAAGUUCAGUUUAUCCCCUUCCACUCAGAUCUUGGCUACAGGCACAAGUACAUCUAUAAGAGCCCUGAGCUUCCACGGAUACUGAGGGAGUUCCUGGGGAAGUCAGAGCCUGAACACCAGCACUGAGCAGCCCCGGGAAGGAAGCAUGAAAACCUCUCUCUGCCCUCUUCCCUUCUUCCUCUGGUCAGCACCCUGGAGCCCCAGGGUGCCAGCACCUGCGAUGCUCAAGAGCCCAGCGCCCCCUGCAGAGGAUUCAGAUGCCAGCAGGGCAGCUGCAGGUGGCCCCAACAGACCUGCGGCCCCAGUGGCCUGGGCCUGACUCUCUUAGGAAAGCCUGGGUGGCAGCCACGUGGCCCUCUCCCCCUCUUGCUGUCACCCGACCCGAGCUCUUGUUGGGGAGAGUCAGUGACAGUGCAGCCAGCCAGUCACCUGGUUGAUCCCACACCUCCUGAGCUGGACACGGUGAUCCCCAAAAGAGGCACCCAACAGAGGCAUGUGGGGCUUGGGACCACAGUGAGCUUUCUGCCACCACCUGCAGAGGAUGGGGAGGGGCAGGUUCUUUCUGCUCCUCUGGGCACAUAUGGAAUAGACUCUAGUGGGUGGACUGUCCCCUCCUUCCCUGCAUCCCCGCUUGCCUUCUGUGCCUGCCCCACGUCCCCUGGCUAGCCUCCCAUCUUGCCCACCUGUCUGCCUAACCUGGCCUUAGGCUGAGCAUUUAUUUAAGAAUAAAAUUGUGGUGGUGGUCUGUUUGUC